AUGGCGUCAUCGUCCGGAGCCACGUCAUCGGUCUUCGCACUGAUCCUCUUCACAUGCUGCCUCGCAUCGCUCGCCGCCUCUUCGGCGGCGGCCGCGGCGGCAGGCGGCGGCGUUGAUGACGAAGUCGACGCCGGCGGUGACAAGCUGAUGAUGGGGCGGUUCCUGCGGUGGCAGGCCGCGUACAACCGCUCGUACCCGACCGCGGAGGAGCGGGAGCGGCGGUUCCAGGUGUACCGCCGGAACAUGGAACACAUCGAGGCCACCAACCGGGCGGGCAACCUGACGUACACGCUCGGCGAGAACCAGUUCGCCGACCUCACCGAGGAGGAGUUCCUGGGCCUGUACACCAUGAAGGGCAUGCCGUCCGGACGCGGCGGCGUCCGCCGCGACGCCGGCAGGAAGCAGGCCAACAUCUCCGCCGUCGACGGCCCGACCAGCGUCGACUGGAGGUCCAAGGGCGCCGUGACGCCCAUCAAGAACCAGGGCCCCUCGUGCUCUAGCUGCUGGGCGUUCGUGACGGCGGCGACGAUCGAGAGCAUCACCAAGAUCAAGACGGGUAAGCUGGUGUCGCUGUCGGAGCAGGAGCUGAUCGACUGCGACCCCUACGACGGCGGCUGCAACCUGGGCUACUUCGUGAACGGGUACCGGUGGGUGAUCGAGAACGGCGGGCUCACCACGGAGGCCAACUACCCGUACCAGGCGCGGCGGAACUACUGCAGCCGCAACAAGGCCGCGCAGCGCGCCGCCCAGAUCUCCGACUACGUGCAGGUGCCCGCCGGCGAGGCGCAGCUGCAGCAGGCGGUGGCGCAGCAGCCCGUGGCGGCGGCCAUCGAGAUGGGCGGCAGCCUCCAGUUCUACAGCGGCGGCGUCUUCUCGGGGCAGUGCGGCACGCGGAUGAACCACGCCAUCACCGUCGUCGGCUACGGCGCCGACGCCAACACGGGGCUCAAGUACUGGCUCGUCAAGAACUCGUGGGGGACCAGCUGGGGAGAGCGCGGGUACCUGCGGAUGCACCGCGACGCCACCCGCUCGGGGCUCUGCGGCAUCGCGCUCGACCUCGCGUACCCGGUCGUCUGAUAUAUUAACGACGUGCCGCCAUUACUAUACGACUACGUAUUGUUUAGCUUUGCCGCCUAUGUGCGGUAUACGCUGUGAUGAAGUACACAAUAAAGAAAACUACGUGGGCGCGCGCGCGCGCGCCCACACAUACACACACUUGGGUGCACUUGAUACAUACUAUACUACUACCAUGUAAAUGUAAAA